UCCUUCCAGUCAUGGCCGCUGUGGCAGCGUGCUAAAAGAGAGUCCAGCGUGGAUAAACAACGGCGACAACUUGCGGAUUUAAACGGUUUUUUGUCGUGACAGCUACCCGUAAGCUGAGUUUCUUAGGUUCCUAAACGUGACCCGUUGAAGCAUACGGUCGGAGAUCCUGUUACAAAAUGCCUCAUAGAAAGAAGAAAUCGUUCAUUGAAAAGAAGAAGGCGGUGACCUUUCACCUCGUCCACAGAAGUCAGAGGGACCCGCUCGCUGCAGAUGAGAAAGCGCCACAGCACGUCCUCCUGCCGUCCACAAAGGUCGAAGUGGAGAAGAGGCACGAGGAGCAGAGGAAGUUUGGCGUGUUCUUCGAUGACGACUACGACUACCUGCAGCACCUGAAGGAGGCGUCUGGCCCGACUGAGCUGGUGGCAGAAGGAGCUUCGUACCCCAACAGACGAGCUUUACACCUCCGGGAUGAAGAGGAGGAAAACGAGGAGGAGAGAGACGUGGACGAGGACGUGCCUGCCGCCACCAUCCAUCUGCCCUCGUCAGUGUUCGCCUCAGAGUUUGAAGAAGAAGUUGGACUGCUGAACAAAGCUGCUCCUAUUUCAGGACCCCGGCUGGACAUGGACCCUGAUAUCGUAGCUGCUCUCGAUGAAGACUUUAACUAUGACGACCCCGACAACAUCCUGGAGGACGACUUCAUCCUCAAAGCAAACUGCUCUGUCAGAGCAGCGGACGCAGAAGGAGACGAUGAAGAUGAUGACGAUGAAUGGGAGGACACAGACGAGGAAGAGGAUUUUGACUCUGAGGGCGGUUUUUCUGACGACGAGGACGUGGAAGGCGGCGGCCGCGGUCGAGAGUUCCUGUUCAUGGACGAGGAGACAAAGAGUCGCUUCACAGAGUACUCGAUGACUUCGUCUGUGAUGAGGAGGAACGAGCAGCUCACCCUGCUGGACGACCGCUUCGAAAAGUUUUACGAACAGUUUGAUGACGAUGAGAUCGGCGCUCUGGACAACGCCGAGCUGGAGGGUUUCAUCGAACCGGACAGCGCUCGCCUGGAGGAAAUCAUCAAAGACUACUUCAAACACAAAGAGAACGAGUACCUGAGACCUGAAGAUUUGGGUCCUAAAGAGCUUCCUGUUGUGAAGGAGGAGGAGGAAGACGAGGAGGAGGAGGAAGAAGAGAUGGAAACUGUUGUUAUCACGGCUCCAGAAGAGAAGUGGGACUGUGAGACCAUCAUCAGUACGUAUUCCAACAUAUACAACAGACCCAAAGUCAUUCAGGAACCUUCAAAGCCGAAGCCGAUCAUUGUGUCCAGUAAGACGGGCAUCCCCCUGGACGUCCUCCCUGCCAGAGGCCUGACAGCCAAGCAGGCGGAGCGCAUGACGAGAAUCAACGACUCGGACCUGCCUCGUGUCUCCACUCAGCCCCGAAACAAGGAGGAGAGCAAAGAGGAGAGGAAGGCCAGGAAGCAGGCUGUCAAGGAUGAACGCAAGGAGAGGAGAGCUGAGAAGAAAGCCAACAAGAUGGCGUUCAAGGAAGAAAAAGUCCGACAGGAGAAGCAAAUGUUGAACCUGAGAACAAACGUUCAAGGCCUGAAGCUUUAGUGGCCGACUGUGGGAACUCCGCCUGCACUGACUUUUUACCUGUUGGUGGAGCCAUCAGUGGACACGCUGCUCUUCACUUCAGUGGAGCUGAAACAACUCCGAGCAGGAGGGCUGAGAGGAGGCUGGGAGGAGGCUGGGAGGCUCUGGGUGUUGAAUUUUGUCACCAAUAAACCAGAACAUGAAGCUGUAACUGUUUGGCUUCCAGGAACAGUUACGUAUCCAAAUGUUCUCAUAGUACUGUGUACUAAAAACGUGUGUACUGGAAGUUGAAUGCCUGAUCCCUUGUUUGCUCAUUCUUACAUCAGAUAUUCAAUAAAAAUCUAAUUUGUGACUUUUUAA